UGAUUAUUAUCAAUGCUGAAAACAGUUGUGCUGUUUCAUAUUUUUGUGGAAACUGUGAUGCAUUUUAUUAAUCAAGAUUCUUUGAUUAGAAAUGGAAAUCUUAUAAAUACUAUAAAUAUCUUCACUGUCACGUCUCUUUGAUGUUUUGAUCUCUAGAUAUGGCAUAAAAUCAUGGGAUUUUUAUUUUAUUUUAUUUUUUUAAGUCUGAUGAAUUAAUGCUAAUGGUUUUGCAUUUGAACAAACCAAACCUUUUUAAUCAACUAUUUUUAGCUUUGAGAAUGUCUCUUUUAGGUCAGACUUCUGGAGACAAUUUGGUGCUAAAAUUGUAGUCGAGUAAACACACACACACACACACUCGUUUCUUGUGUUUUCUGUGACGUUCCCAGCGAGGAAAUGAAGCUUCUGAGAAAAACGCAGAGUGUGUUUAUUCUGGAUCUGAUAAACAGAGCGGCCUGAAAUAGUCUGGAGCACAUGUGCGUGUGUGUUCGUGUUCUGAAGUGUAUUUAUAGUUGCCAUUUGGACUGAUUUAAUUUUAAUUGCAGGGAGGAGCUCAUGCUUUUCCAUGGUCUGUCCGUUCUGGGCUGCGUGUGUGUGUUCGCUGUGUUUUCAUAUGCAUUUUUUCUGCCUGCUGCUGGUUUGUGGGAGGGUCUCCGGCAGGAUGCGGCUCUCUGAGUCAUCGGGAUGGAAACAGGGAGGAGUCUUUGAAAGAGAGAGGGAAGGAAAGAGACAUGGAUCAGCUGAGGAAGGAGAAUUAGGAAUGAUUUGCCGCUGAGCCGGUUCGUGGAUCUCCAUACGGCUCCGAUCAACCUUCACAGACAGGAAAAGAGAGAGCGAUAGAGAGGCAAAAGGAGAAAGAAGAGGUUUAUUGGAGCGUCUGGAUUUUGCCGGCAAAUAAGUAAUCACUCCGUGUCGUCGGCUGGUUCUGUGUGCGGAAAACAGGAAAGAAAUGGAGGAAUGGAUCGCAGCGCUGAAGAGUGUUCAGAACAGAGAACACUUUGAGUCCACUCAGUUCAGUAUGGAUCAUUUCUCUGGGAUGCAUAACUGGUACGCCUGUUCUCACGCUCGCCCCACGUACUGUAACGUCUGUCGCGAGGCUCUGUCUGGAGUCACGUCUCAUGGACUGUCCUGCGAAGUGUGUAAGUUCAAGGCUCAUAAGCGUUGUGCGGUCAGAGCCACUAAUAACUGCAAGUGGACGACACUGGCCUCUAUCGGCAAAGACAUACUGGAGGAUGAGGAUGGGAUCUCGAUGCCUCAUCAGUGGCUGGAGGGGAAUCUGCCCGUCAGCGCCAAAUGCACCGUGUGCGAUAAAACCUGCGGCAGUGUCCUGAGACUGCAGGACUGGCGCUGUUUAUGGUGCAAAGCCAUGGUGCAUGCUGGGUGUAAAGACCAGCUCUCUCCGAAGUGCCCACUGGGUCAGUGUAAAGUCUCAGUGAUUCCACCCACUGCCCUCAACAGCAUCGACUCAGACGGGUUCUGGAAGGCGACGUGUCCUCCGACCUGCACGAGCCCGUUGUUGGUGUUUGUGAACAGUAAAAGUGGAGAUAAUCAGGGCGUGAAAUUUCUGCGGCGCUUCAAGCAGCUGUUGAAUCCUGCACAAGUGUUCGAUCUGAUGAACGGAGGGCCACAUCUGGGCUUGCGUCUGUUUCAGAAGUUCGACACGUUUCGUAUUCUGGUGUGUGGAGGAGACGGCAGCGUCGGAUGGGUUUUAUCAGAGAUAGACGCGCUGACUUUACACAAACAGUGCCAGCUCGGCGUACUUCCUCUGGGAACAGGAAAUGAUCUGGCCAGAGUUUUGGGGUGGGGCUCGGCGUGUGACGACGACACACAGUUACCGCAGAUACUGGAGAAACUCGAGAGAGCCAGUACUAAGAUGCUGGACAGAUGGAGUAUUAUGGUAUAUGAGACCAAGUUACCACGGCAACACUCCAGCUCCACGGUAACAGAGGACUGUAGCGAGGACUCGGAGGUGCAGCACAUUCUGACCUAUGAGGACUCAGUUGCUGCCCAUCUCUCCAAAAUCCUGACGUCCGACCAGCACUCGGUGGUCAUUUCAUCUGCCAAAGUCCUGUGUGAGACGGUGAAAGACUUUGUCGCGAAAGUCGGUCGUGCUUACGAGAAAAACACAGAAAACUCAGAUGAAUCAGAGGCCAUGGCUAAAAAGUGUGGUGUGCUGAAAGAAAAGUUGGACUCGUUAUUGAAAACGCUUAGCGAGGAAGCCCAGGCCAGCAGUGUGAUGUCUGCGCCGCCGCCCACCAUCGCUGAGGAGCAGGUGGAUGGGGAGGGUGUGGUUCUGGCUCCGCCCACUGCCCCGCCCACAGUCACAGCCCCUUGUUCGCCUCGACCGCCUGCCGCCAUCUUCAAACCUCGAGAGCAGCUGAUGCUUCGAGCCAACAGCCUGAAGAAAGCCAUCAGACAAAUCAUAGAGCACACCGAGAAAGCCGUGGAUGAACAGAACGCUCAGACGGAGGAGGGUUUGCCUUCGCUUCCGGUGGAGGAAGAAGAGGAGGACGAUGGUUCAGAAACCUUAUCUCUGCAGUCGUCAUACAGCAGCCGAGCGCGAGCCUGCAGACGAGUGUCUAAGACUCCAUGUGAGAAGCUCAUCAGUAAAGGAAGCCUGUCCAUAGGCAGCUCCGCCUCACUUCCUGCUCAGACAGGAAGUCGAGAGAACAUGCCCAUGCUGAACACUAAGAUCCUCUACCCAAGUCUCAGAGCAGGUGUGUCUGGGUCUUUUAGCGGUUCGGUGAUCACCAGGCUGCUGGUCAGCGCUGAUCCGUUCAACUGUGAUCCGGAGAACCUGGAUCUGUACACAGAGAAAUGUGUGAUGAAUAAUUAUUUCGGAAUCGGUCUGGAUGCCAAAAUCUCUCUGGACUUCAACAACAAACGUGACGAGCAUCCAGAGAAAUGCAGGAGUCGCACUAAAAACAUGAUGUGGUAUGGAGUCCUGGGAACCAAAGAACUUCUGCACAGAACAUACAAGAACCUGGAACAGAGGGUUCUGCUGGAGUGUGACGGGAGGCCGAUUCCUCUUCCCAGUCUGCAGGGAAUCGCUGUGUUGAAUAUUCCCAGCUACGCAGGAGGAACGAACUUCUGGGGCGGAACUAAAGAGGAUGAUACGUUCACGGCGCCGUCGUUUGACGAUAAGAUCCUGGAGGUGGUGGCUGUGUUCGGCAGCAUGCAGAUGGCUGUUUCUAGAGUUAUUAAUCUACAGCAUCACCGUAUCGCACAGUGUCGAACAGUGAAGAUCACUAUUCUGGGAGAUGAAGGUGUACCUGUGCAGGUAGACGGGGAGGCCUGGAUACAACCGCCCGGAUACAUCCGGAUCCUCCACAAAAACCGCACACAAACCCUCACCAGAGACCGGGCGUUCGAGAACACUUUGAAGUCGUGGGAGGACAAACAGAGAGGCGAGAUUCCUCGGCUGGUUUCCCAGCAUGCAUCGCAGCCGGAGAUCGUUUCUGAAGAGGAGACUGCUCAGAUCAGCCUGUUCGGACAGGCAGCCGGUGCACUUAUACACAGUAUCAGGGAAGUGGCACAGUCUCAUCACACUAUCGAGCAGGAAUUGGCUCAUGCGGUCAACGCCAGCUCUAAAGCUAUGGAUCUGGUGUACGCAAACUCCAAAAGCAGCGGGGGUUUGACCUGUAACGUGGUGAUGGAGAUGGUCAGUAACGUCAAAGCUCUGCACAGCGAGACCGAACUGCUGCUCGCGGGAAAGAUGUGCCUGCAGCUGGAUCCUCCUCAGAGAGAUCAGCUGAGCGGUGCGUUGAGUUCAGUCACUCAGCAGUUACGCAGACUCACAGACAUCAGCUGGCUCAGUCAGCUCAUCGACCCGGCCGACGACGAGGGUCAGCUGUCCGAUUUCUCCAAGCGCAGUCGUAGCGCUAAAUUCCGCCUCGUGCCCAAAUUCAAGAAAGACAAAAACAACAAAAACAAGGAGACGUGCGCCGCCCUCAACAUGCCAGUGAAUACGUGGGGUGUGGAUGAAGUGGGCGUCUGGCUGGAGAUGCUCUGUCUGGCCGAGUACAAGGAGAUCUUCAUCAGACAUGAUAUCAGAGGACCGGAGCUGCUUCAGCUGGAGAGGAGAGACCUGAAGGAUCUGGGAGUGACUAAAGUCGGCCACAUGAAGCGGAUCCUGCAGGGAAUCAGGGAUUUGAGUCGAAACAGCACAGCCAGCGAAGCCUAGACGCUCCACAGCCAAUCAGAUGCCUCGUUCGGACGUGACGCAGCUUCACCGGCCAAUCAAAAGCUCAGUCACGACUAUAAGCAGCCAUACUCUGCCCACCACCUCAUGGUGACCAGCGGCCACUCGACUCGACCAAUCACAGUGCCUUCUGUUCUCCACCUCUGAGACAUCACCGCUUUGGGGGAAACUAUUUAACUACCUAGAAGGGGGAGAUUUAUCAAGAGCCAUCACAGGGUCGAACCAAUGCCACAGACUUUAAAGAGCCAAAGGAAAAUUCACUGGAGACAACAUGAAAUCCAAGUUCACCCUUUAAAUACUUUCACUUCGUUAAAGUAACAAUUGUUUGUCUUCUAAAUGUGUCAUCAAAAUUUAAUAACCAUUUUCAUUUCCUAUGAUGCCACCAAGGCUCAAAUUUAUACUGUUAACCAAUAAUCCUAAACCCCAUGUUUCACGAUCCAAUCAAAUCCCGAUGGAUAACAUUAGUCCCGCCCUCCAUUAUUUUCUUCUAAAUAUAUUCAUUUCUCAUUUUUCAUAAGCUAAGUGUGUGGUGACUGCAGUUUCAUGUUGUCUUGAAGCUCAUUGGCUCUGUUCAAAACCCAGUGAGCUGCCUUGCUGUCUACUGCCUACAUAGACAGCUGCCUUAGCCACCAGAGACUCUCAAAUGAUCCUCAGACGAGCAUAAAAAAAUACUUUUCCAUUUUACGUUUAUGCAUUUGGCUGAUGCUUUUAUCCAAAGUGACUUGCAUUGCAUUGAAGGUAUAAAAAUUGAAUUAAAUAUUAAAUUACGUUCAAUUGAAUUAAAAUAAAAUAAAUUAUUCAAAUAAAUAAUAUUAAUACAAUUAUAAAAUUGAUUAAAGAUGAGUUGUAAUGCACAAAAAAAAAAAAAAAAAAGUUAAAAUAUUUUUAUUUAUGCAUUUGGAAGACACUUAUCCACUAACAUUGCUCUCAAGAAAUAAAAUAAAUAUAAAAUUUAAUUUAAUUAAAUUUCAAAAAAAUAAUUUGAUUGAAAACAAUAAAUUAAUAAAAUAAAUACAGUUAUAAAAUUGAUUAAAGAUGAGCUGUAAUAUGCAAAAAAAAUGUAUCUCCCGCCCAUAUAUUUGUAUUUAUGCAUUUGGCAGACACUUAUCCACUAACAUCGCAUUCAAGAAAUAAAUAUAAAAUAAAAAAUAUAUUUUUGAUUGAAAACAAAAAAUUAAUAAAAUAAUAAACAACUAUAAAAUUGCGACUUUUAUACAAAGCAGUCUUUUAAUUUGAAUUGUAUUGAACUAUUUUCAUUGAUUCAUUCCAGCACUGAACGAACAAUAGUCAUAAUUUCUCUUUUAUGUAAACUUUAUCAUACAUGUGAUGCUACCUUAAUGAAGGUGAUGCCUUCAGAUGCUGUCUGAGUAGGGAGCUCAUUGAAAAGCGUCAUGAGACCUUUAACAUGUUGUUGUGACAAUCAACUGUAUUGACUUAUCAAACUCAACCAAUCAAACGCUCCGCUUUGCCCUUCCCCGCCCCUCCACUUCCUCUUCCUCUUCCUGGAUGCCUUAACGUUUCACCAGCAUUCUGAGGAAUCACAUAUCAGCCUGAAACAACGAGAAGUAAAUCGUGAUGCAAACACUUAAUGAAAUACCGCAUCUUAAAGUGGAAGUCGGCAUACUGUGUUUGACCAUAGACUUCAAUUAUGAUGCUGUUUCCAGAGAAUAACUUUUAACAUGAAACAUUCCUUUAAAACAGGUAUUUUACAGAUAUGUCUCAUAUGUUGGCUUUAAAAGAGCAUCGAUGGCAGAGUAUGUCACAGAUUCACAGUCUUAACCAGGUGAUAAAAGCGCUCUCUUAUGUAAAUCAAAGACUACACUAGCUCCGCCCACUGUGAAAUCUCAUUGGUCAAAAACUUCACACGAUCACAUAUCAGUGGUUUUCAACCAGAGGGCCUCAAAAUGACUUCAAAUGAUUUAAAAUAAAACAAAACAAGCAUUAAAAAGGGCCAACACAUCUAAAAACUAAAACAUUUAAUAUUUUAUUUAACCUCUUAAGCAAUUAUUUGAAGUACAAAAGUUACCAAAACCUGGUCAUAUGAAGAAACUGUGGUUUCUAGACCUGGGAAAAUAAUGAAUUUGUAUAACUCUAUGGGCAUUUAUAGAAUGAAUAUAUAUUUUUGUAGUUAUACCAAGCUCUAAAACGAAAACUUCAGCAAGUUUUUACAUUUAUGCAUUUGGCCAAUGCUUUCAUUAUAAGUGACUUGCAUUGCAUUCAAGGUACAAAAUAAAUAAAUAAAUCUUUACUCUUAAUCGUUAUGCAGUAACUCAAGAAAAACUGUAAAAGUCAUGCACAAUGGAGUCAAAAAGGUUGAGAACCACUGCUAUAUAUUAGAAGCACGAUUGACUUUUCAACCUGUUUUGUUGAACUUGUAAUUAUAAGUUCAAGGCAUUGCAAGUUGAACAAACUUAACUUUAGAAAAGCUUCCACUUGAGCAGCUACUAGUUUACCAUGUUUCUGUCUUCGGUGUUACCUGCUGCGAAGUAUUGAAGUAUAUUUGCUGUGUGGACACAACAUGAAAUACUAUUCAUAAUGCCAUACAAACUUACAAUGUCACAGUCGCCUUGACAACAGAGAGAAGUGUUUUAUAUAGUGUUUCUAAAAGCUUUUUUACAAACUCUUCUGGGAUUGAACACUGACUGUGUCUGAGACAAACACUGUCUUUACCCUUUAACUGCUUUGCACACUUCAGUGUGUGUUUGAGUCUACAUAGUGUCUUGUUAGGUGUAGAUGUCAAGUGUGUGUGUGUGUGUGUGUGUGUGUGUUUCUCUCUCCUUCACAUCCAGUCUUACAGUUGAAUCAGACUCAUAUCGUGUCAUUUUGGACUCCAGGGGCGUCCGAUCUCUCUGACUGUUAAGUAUUUAUUUUAUUGUUAAGUUAUAACUUACAUCCAUGUGACUCUGUCCAUCUCUUGUUUUUGUUGUUUUAUUUUUUAUUUUUUGUAUAUAGGCCAUUACUAAGAAUGUAAAUAACUUGUUACUGUACAGUGAAACUGUCUGUAUUAAAACAAGGCCUGUGUAACUCUAAACUGCUGUCUUUUGUGUCAAUUUUUU